AUGACAUCCAGGCAGGCAGCUUGUGAAGUGUGCCGCAAGGCCAAGCUUGCCUGUGACCACAAGCGACCUACCUGCACACGCUGCCUCAAUACAGACAAGGGAGACCUCUGCUCAUAUCGAGAUAGCCCGUUCAAGCGCAAACAACCACGUCUUCCGCCUGCCACUCGCAUCGAGACAAGACGUACUCGGAGCUCCCGUCCAGAAUUGGCAGUCUUUCCAUCAGUGCCCUGUGGGAAGCCAACCCGUCAGCCAUACCCAAACCCGGGAUUUAUGGGAUAUUCUAGUCAUACCACCAUCUUUAAUCACAUUGCGACAAAUGAAGAUGCAGCUGAAUCCGCUGGCUCCCCUAUUCAGAUACAGGAAGGCUCGGACUUGGAAGAAGACGACUUAAUCCCUCGAGGGGGUUUGUUAGUGUCGAAGAUACUAACUAAAUGUGAUGUAGACGCUAUGCGUGAUUUAAUCCAGUUUUGGCUCGCCAAAGAAGUCAAUCUAGCAUUGGCCGGACCUUUCGUUCAUCGUUGUGCGGAUAGUGUCGUUCACUUUGCAAAACAUGCAAGGACAAUAUCUAGGGAAUCAGAGCAGGACGCUCUGGCCAGAGUUUUGUUCCACAACUCAGCUCAACCCUUAGGUUCAAGUCGAGUUUUUCACGUUGACAAAUAUAUUGAUCAAUUCACGCAAGAUAAUACUCGUUGGGAGACCCUGGGUCUCUUUUUCAUCGCAGUUGCUCGAGCAACCUUUGAUAUAUCAUUCUUCCCAUCCUUAUACCGAGAUACUAGACAACUGCUGCGAGUGCGCAAGCUUGUCUCUGGACUCUGUGACAGCUGUGUGGAUUUCUGCGUAUCUCUAAGUCGCCUCAACGAUCUUCAACUUGUCCUACAAUAUGAGAACUUUAUCCUGCACUCCUAUGUCGAUGGCCUCCAUUGCUACGAAUAUUGGAAGAGACUAGGUGAUGUCAUUUCUUGCUUGUAUGCUCUAGGUUACGAUCAAAGAAUCGAGUCUGGCCAAGACACUUCCGAGUUUGUUGCAGAAUUGAGACGGACUGCCUUCGCCCGAAUCUACUCGGCCGAUAAGAACGUAGCUCUCUUUCUUGGCCGCCCACCUCGAAUUAGCAAAAGAUUUUGUAACUUUCAGUCUCCCAUGAAUCCAGAGCAAACCGACUCGAGUUGGGUGCCGAGUACAACAUCUCCUUGCUGUGAAUGGGAUCAAGAAUCUAGGAUUAGCUAUAGAGCCGAAACACGAUGGUCGGCGCUAUGUGCUUUUCAGAAGGAAGAAUUAAUCGAGCUCCUCUUUGAUAAAAAAGUCAUUGAUUUUGGUACAAGAUUGAGGAUUAAGGAACGGGAAGCGGUCCACUGGGGAGCCCUUCCUGCGAGCUUUCGCUACGAAGGGAGCCUUAAGGACUACCCACGGAGCCCUUUCGAACGAGAUUUUGUGGCGAGCAUAAGACUCAACCACUUACAUGUCCUCUUCUUGCUACGACUGCUACACUUGGAUCGUUUAGCAGAGCCAGAUGAACCUAUCGUCGAAAUAGCGAAGGAAAUUACGAACCUCAUUGUCGAAGUUAUUCUCUUUCGAGAACAGCUAGCAAACUCGGGCACGAGCCUCAUCUGGAAGAUUACCUGCUAUGGACUUCCUGCAAUCGGAAUUCUCCUCAUGUCAUUGAUUCGACAGCAUCGAACGGGCACGAACUCGUGGGCUGCACAAACCCAUACUCUUCGCAAUCUCAGUGUUUUCGUGGCUGAAAUCGAGCUGGGAACAAUCAUCAGGCCCGGUGAUCCCAACUACAAACUGCUCAUCAAGGCGACCCGCAUUAUACGAGGUUUUCUCGACUCCUCAAGUUCUAGUGAUGACCAAUCAUCCGACAAGUUGGACUUUUCAUCAUCUGUUCUAGACUCUGCAGAGUUUGAUCCCCAUAUUGGUAUAGACACGCUGGACUUUGAGUUUGGCUUCUGGCAGGAUAUUGCAGACCUGACUUCAUUUCGAGACAUAGUCCCGUGA